AUGGGUCAAAAGUCGAGCAAGGUGGUCGUGAAGAAUCAACUCGAUCGACGGGCUCGCGUUCGGGUGGAUUGCUCACGGAGUUACACGAAAUGCCUCUCAAUCACAGGAAGCGGCAAGCUCAAGACGCCAGCAGGCUCAAUCUCGGCCAGCGUUUCAUAUCUCUCUGUGUAUGAUGUCUUUCACAUUGUUGACACGUCGACCUCGUUUACCAUUGUAGGCUCUGUGGCCAACGGCAACGAGAUAGCUUUUGAUCUAAUCGAAGACGGGAAGAAUUUCGCUUUUCUCACCGUUUGGACUGAGAAUAAUGAUGGGUCGUGGUCGAUCUACUGUGAAAAUCAUCCAAUCAUUAAAUGUAGUGAGGUGCAAAUCGGCGCCAACAUCCUCACGAAACAAUUCCGAUUCGGUGAAAAGGAUGACAUUGGCCGACCGAUGCUUCGUGAGGAUUUUGCUGGCCGAGUCGUUGUUUACAAUCGUAGCUCGAGGAAUAUUUGGGCUCGAGUCGACGCGGAUGGAAUCGAGAAGACAAAAGAGACGGUGGCACAAUCGGUGGAAGCUACCAACGGGACGAUAAGUCUUUCUGAAUCAAACAACGCCUCCACCGAACACAAAGUGUAUUAUCGAGCCAAGCAAGGCAAUGGUUACACGCUUGUGCGAAACAAUGGAAAGAGUCGAGAUUACACGGUGUUUCACAUGAAAAUCUCCAUGCUCAAUAUUUUCUAUCUAUCGAUUGAUUACGAGACUCCAGGCAAGUUGAUGAAUGGGAAAGGGAAC